UAACAAAUCACUCCUCUGUUUCUUCUGUCUAUCUACCUCUUCCUUCUCUCUCACCCCGAGUGUAUGUACAUGGUAAAUAUGAACAGAGAAAAUAUACUAUACACACAUACACAUAGACACAUGCAUAUUUCACAAUUUUUUUUUCCUCGUUUCUUCUCUCUAUCUCUUCUUCUACCUCUCAGCCCAUUUCUGCGCGUUUUAUAUACAUCUAUCUAUCUAAUCUAUCUAUCUAUCCAUCUAUCUGUACACACACACACACCUAUCUAUCUGUCGUUCCUUCUAUACUUCGUCUUACCCUCUAUAUUGACAACAAUACACACACCAGUGCCUUCUUCCUUCUCUUACACUCUCUCUGCCUCACCCUUUCACUCCUUCAUCCUUCUAUCCAUUCAACCCACGAUUAUUCUUUCAAACAUUAUCUCUCGAGUGAAACGAAAUGUAGCCUCCUUGGAUUUCACCACAAACGACUAUUCGGCCCUCAAAAUACAUAAAUGCAUGGACAGUACUCGGUGAGGUAUCUGUAACAUCUUCAGCCUGUCUGUUUGUCAGCCAAUCUAUACCUCAUCCCUCAUUCUCUCUCUGUGUUUCUGUGGUCAGCUAAAUGGCUAACAAGGAACACCAGAACUCAGUAAUGCUCAAUGUUGAGCAGGAAACUCACAGACAGGAGCCCAGUGAAGCAGUGAGUGGCAACAACCCAACAGAAAGUAUUUGACAGGAAUUAUUUAACAGUUCUACAACAUAGAUUGUUCAACGUAGAAUCUCUUCAUGAAAGUUGCUAGUCUUGUGGCAAUGACUGUACUGAAUUCCACCGUCGUUCUGCUAAUGCGGUACCUAAGGAUGCGUCAAGGACCUCUCUUUAUAUCGACAACAGCUGUCGUCAUGUGCGAAGUCUUUAAACUCUUCAUAAGCAUGUUGUGUGUUGUGGCUGAGGAACGCAACUUAGUUCGCCUGCCCUAUAUAAUAUACGACAGCUUCUUUGGCAGUUACGUUGAUACUAUGAAAAUGAUGGUACCUUCAUUUUUAUACACACUUCAGAAUAAUUUAUUCUUUGUAGCCAUAUCAAACCUAGAUGUUGCAACUGUACAGGUUCUCUAUCAACUUAGGAUCUUCACUACAUGUUUAUUCGCUGUGAUGAUACUGGGGAAAGAAAUCAAUCGCAGCCAAGGCAUAGCGAUUGUGAUGUUAUUCGUCGGUGUCUGUGUCGUACAGUUAAACCUCGACACAGAACAAACACAUAAACAUGUUGAGCAACAGACUCAGAAUAAUUUCCUUGGAGUAGUUGCCAUUGUCAUCUCGGUGUUCCUUUCAGGGUUUGCAGGGGUCUACUUUGAAAAAGUCCUCAAAUCAACCUCCAAAUCAGUUUGGAUACGCAACAUACAGUUGGCCAGUUAUGGCAUCUUCCUUGGUUUCAUAGGAAUAGUCACAAAAGAUGGAGCUAAAAUACUUGAAAAUGGCUUUUUCUUUGGCUACGAUAACCUUGUGCUUCUGUCGCUUUUCAUUCAAGCUUUUGCUGGCCUCAGCAUUGCGGUUGUGUUCAAAUAUGCUGACAACGUGCUCAAGUCAUUUGCCUCCUCCACGUCCAUCAUCAUUUCUUGUAUUGCUGCUGUCAUAUUCUUCAAAACACACCUUACACCUGCAUUCUACUGUGGUACACUUUUUGUUAUAUGCUCCCUGUUUCUAUACAAUAGAUAACUCAACCUGUUGCCCCUAUUUCACACAAUAACCUGGUCUAUGCUGGAGCCUUCAGCCAAGUCACACUGCUUCAUAGCAAACAUUCAGGCCAGGUUGAAGGCCUGCAGAUAAUGUCAUCCUCUAAGUAAACCAUUCAUAUAUAUAUGUGUAUAUAUAUAUUUAUCUAUUUAAACAUUUAAUCCAUAAUCAUUAGUGUGACAAAAUGUAUGAUGUAUAAUUAAUUCUUUAAUUAAUGAAAAUUAGAUUAAUUUAAAGCAGUUGUUGUUUCCCUAAGUAAAUCUAGAUUUCCAUGCUACAACAUGAGAAUGCUACCGGCUAUUUGGGAAUUCUAAGGGUGAACGAGCUCUAUUUGUACUCUUAUACAUUCUUAACAGAACACACCUCAACUAUAUAUAUAUACUUUAGACUUGAUGCAUCAGCCAACCACUUGGUGAAUAACUUUGGAAAUCUGGUAGAUUAACUUAGAGAGAUUCUUACGUUCCUCAUUUAACAUUCUGUUUCAUGAAGUGCUUAUUGAGGUAGUCACCUAGGUCUCUUCAAGCCUUAUUUUCCAUCACUACACACAUUCAUAAUUGUGUGUGUGUGUGUGUGUGUGUAUAAUUUAAUUAUGUGCAACAGAAUUAGUAUUAGAUUAAAUUAGCAAUUUGUUUAUGGUACUUAAUGCAAAUACAUGACAAAAGUCCAAACUAACUGUGGUAUUCGUUCAGGUAUAAUAUCUCUUAUGGAUGUGCAAUGGUAAAUUAACACAAAACUAUAUCAGUAGCAGAUGAAAACCAUUCAUCAGCUAUGGUGGGAGUGCUAGAUGUGCAUUUCUGCCUUUACAUAUGUAUAUAUGUGUGUGUGUUUGUAUAUAUAUAUAUAUAUAUAUAUGUAUGUAUGUUUCUUAACAUGAAACCAAAGGUAGCCUUAAUGCACAAAUAAAGAAUGUUUAUCCACCAAUGUGGCGGUGAGCACUAUAUAUUUAUUUAUUAUAUGGAUUCAUAAGAAUCGAGGAAUAUCCACUCACACGACAGCUGUUUCAGGAGAAUUGUCUCCCUCUUUUAAAUAUAUAUAUGCAUGUGUGUAUAUAUAUACAACCACCACACACACAUAUAUAUAUAUAUAUAUACAUACAUACACACACACAUCUCAUAUAACUGAAUAUAUCCAUGACAACCAACACUCGUUUCAUUGCUCCAUUCUCCCACCAUCAUCAAUUCACCUACUUAAACUACACCAAACAUCUGCUAACAAUUUUGGACGUUUUCAAAAGGGUUUCAAAUCUUUUCGGUUCACAACUCAACAUUUACACAUUUCUCUUUUUAAACAACUCAUAUUUUGGUAAUAAUAAUAAUAAUGACAAUAUUUUUUUAUAACAAGAAAAACAAACUGAUCUAAUGUUUUUUGGGGGGUUUUUUUUUUUGCAAUGAAUUCUAUGCCACAAAAAUCUAAGAACAUUCUAGAUUGAUGAAGGCUUGUGGGAUCUAAUUUAUAUUUUUUUAUUUUCUAUUUUUGGUGAUAAAUAACUUAUAUUUCCAUAAAA